AUGUAUUUACCGGGCUGCACCUACCCGUCAAAGGCGGACUUCGGCUCCGGCCCGUCGCCGUUUUUAACGGAGAGCGGCGGCACCGCUCCCGGGAGACGACUGUCCGACUACCGGGCCUGCUGCCCCCACGAGCCCCGACAGCAGCAGUAUCCUCCUCCGUGGAAAUGGACCCUGCACAGGGGGGGCCAUCCCCGUCCCAUCCCCACCUCUGCGCCGCCGCAGCCAUGCGUCCGUUUGCCGGGGGGGGACUCCGUUUAUCACGGGUACCGAGGAUUACGGUCCUCUCCCCACGCCGCUGAGGACUUUCUGUACGGCGGACCCGUUUACGGCGCCUCCGGUCCACGUUUUCAUGCGCCGGCGUUCGCCGGAGACCCGCGGAGCCUCCCCGGCGGAUACGCGGCGUUCAAUCCGGACUCGGAGCUCCUCUUCCCGGCAGGACGCACCGGAGUCCGCCGGCCGCCGGUUCUCGACCCGUUUUUCGAGCACGCGCCGGAGGAGGAGAGCGCGGACCCGAGAGCGAAGAGUGCACCGGGGAGCCAACGGCUGAAGGAGACGAAGAGGACCCGGCGGACCGGCUGCCACACCGGGGAGAGCAGCAAGGUGAGGGCGGGGUCAGAGUCACCGCGGGCCGGGAAGGAGGACGAGGAGGAUGCGCCGUCCUCCAGCGGCAGCGGAGGAGACGAUUCCCCGGCAGAGCCCCGUGUGAGGAGGAAGAAGCGAUGCCCGUACUCCAAGCAGCAGAUCGGGGCGCUGGAGAGAGAGUUCCUGCACAACAUCUACAUCAACAAGGGCCGCCGCAUGCAGCUGGCCGGCCUUCUGCGGCUCACAGAGCGACAGGUGAAAGUCUGGUUCCAGAACCGGAGAAUCAAAGAGAAGAAGCUGAACAGCGAGAGGCUGCUGUACCACACAGGGUACCACUUGUUCUGA